UUCCUCUGCGACCCUUAAUUAAUAAAGGGACUAAGCUGGAAAAAAAAAAAGUGAAUGAAUGAGUCGGAGAGAUACAGGAAGGACCUAGAGUCAGGCAGCAAGAAACUGAUCAAUGACCUCAGAGAGAAAAGUGCAGACGCCGCAAAAAGUGGAGAGAGAUGUACCAUAACAUCAAAGACAGAAAAGAAGCCCUCAAACAUCCCUCCACACAGCCCACAGUUAUCACUAGAGCAAGCUGAACAUCCACAGUGUCUGGAUGUUCAUUCCUGUUACUGGGUGUUCAUUCCUGUUAUUUUAUAUAUAUAUAUAUAUAUAUUUUUUUUUUUAAUUAGUGACUUUUUUUUGUCAUCAUCAUUUAUCCAAUAGUUGAUUUAAUUACAUGACUUUAAAAUUUUUUAUUUUGCACUUUGGGUCUCCUGUAAAAUUUAAAAAUGUCUUUGCAUUUUUUAAAAAUACACCUUGUGUACAUUUAGUGAAUUUUUUUGUAACAAAUAUAAGUUUUUCAAACAUUUUACCAACUAUUUCUUAAAGAUAAACACUUUUGUGAGUGGAAGACAAAAUAGUUGACAUUUUUUUUAAAACACCCUUUCAAAAAGUAACUUGAUUUUAGUAACAGGACUGAGAAAAAUAGAUCAUUUUCCAAAAUUUGAAACCUUGUAAAAAAUAAAGCAGAGGUGCCUGAGAUUGCCCAAUAGUCAUUCCAAACAGUUAAAUAUGUGUGUUGCUAGAUACAGUGUUGUAAAAAUGUGUGUUGCUAAAUACAGUGUUGAAAAAAUAUGAAAAAAUAAAUGUAAUUUUAAGAAAUUAUAAAAUCAAAUGUUACCCAUUCGGUGGAAUGUCCCAUACAGUGCAUCAGCAAACACUAGAAGGGACAAUAUUAGGCCGGUGGUAAUAAUGUCAUGCUCAUACAAUGUAUAUGCAUAUAGUACAUACUGUACAUUGUGGAUGUGACACUUGUAAUGUGUUUAAUUAGAAAAUAAUAUAUUAAAACCACUUUAUCAUUAAAUAUUUUCCAUUUUUAGUUAGUACAACCCUACAUCAUUCCGUAUCAUCCAAUGUAUUCUAUCUACUGUAUACACCUUAAAUUAAGUUGUUGUUUAACUGCAUGAUAAAUUAUUUAUUUACAAAUAAUGUAAAACAGUCAUGUAAAAUUGAAGGUGGUCAUAAUGUUAUGCUUUAGCUGUGUAUGUACAAUACUGUGUGUGAAUGUGUAACACGUAUAAAGUGCUUAAUCAAAAAGAUAUUAAAACCACUUUAUCAGUAAAUGUUUACCCCUUUUAGUAAAUACAUCCCUAUAUCUUAUCCAAUGUCAUCCAAUGUAUUCUAUCUACUGUGCACACCUUAAUUUAUUUAGUAUUUUAACUGCAUUUAUGAAAUGAUGAAUUAUUUAUUUACAAAUAAUGUAAAACAAAUAGUCUAAAACAAUAUUAACCCAAUUAAUGAAUAUAUAGCCUAGUGAAAUGAAGUGCAAAAGUCGUGGUAAUGCUAAACCCGAGUAAAAGUCUGUUGAGAAAUUGCUACAAUUAAGACUGUGCUGAGCUUGAUUUGCGAGUGGGGGAGGGGAGCCUGAGUUGCAAGUGGGGGAGGGGAGCGGGACAGGAUCAGAAUCGAUCAUUAUCGCGGAAUCAGAAUUAUGGCAGGUGAACGCAUGUCACGGAGGCUGCAAAUGCUCAGAGCCCAUCACGAGACAUGCGCUCGAAGAUACGACAAAGCCAACGAGGAAAAACAGCUGAAAAGAGAUCCAUCAAUAUCACAGGUGAGUCCUAAUUAAUUUCAAUUAACGUUUAACAAGUCUGAGGUGUUUUAUAGUCUGGCCCAGCCUUCCUCGUUGUCAUUUAGCUAACGUUAGCAUUAGCUUAAUUAACAUUAGUUGGUCAUUACACGUGCUUCAAAUAAACUACUGAAAUUUGGUAACAAUUUUGAUGAUUAAUGGAUUAUUAGAGUCGUUUUUGCAGCAUAAAGGUGACUCUGGCUGUGAAAACCCGGCAAAAGUAUUUUUUAUGAUUUUCUAUGAAACUGUAACAUGGAUACAUUUUCUAUUUAUGGAGUGAUAAUCGUGGUGAAAUUAGUAAGUGCAAUGAAACUUCAAAGUUAUCAAGUUGAUGCCUUACUCUGUUUUUAAAUUAAUUUAAGCUAAAUUGUAGGAGCAGUUAGCAAAAAUAUCUUGAAUUAAACAAAUUAAUAUGUCAUUUAAGUCAUUUAUUGUGAUACUAGUAAUAUUUAAUGCAUUUAUGUUGACACUAUUUAAAAACAAUAUUCAUACCACUGUAAUUUAAAAAUAAUGUGUGGUGAUCUUGCUGAAAGGUAAUUGUUUUGUUUUACAGAUAAUGGGGAAAAACCCUUCUGGAAAUAAGCAGAUAUCAAAGAAAGCUCAAGACAGAAAGAGAGUGAAAGAGCAUCACCACCCUGGCCAGGCUGAGAGAGAUGAUGAUGAUAACGAGCAGAUAUCAGAGAAAGCUCAAGACAGAAAGAGAGUGAAAGAGCAUCACCACCCUGGCCAGGCUGAGAGAGAUGAUGAUAACGAGCAGGUGUCAGAGAAAGCUCAAGACCGAAAGAGAGUGAAAGAGCAUCACCACCCUGGCCAGGCUGAGAGAGAUGAUGAUGAUGAUAACGAGCAGAUAUCAGAGAAAGCUCAAGACAGAAAGAGACUGAAAGAGCAUCACCACCCUGGCCAGGCUGAGAGAGAGGAUGAUUAUGAUAACGAGCAGAUAUCAGAGAAAGCUCAAGACAGAAUGAGAUUGAGAGAGCAUCACCACCCUGGCCAGGCUGAGAGAGAGGAUGAUAACGAGCAGGUGUCAGAGAAAGCUCAAGACCGAAAGAGAGUGAAAGAGCAUCACCACCCUGGCCAGGCUGAGAGAGAUGAUCAUGACGAGCAGAUAUCAGAGAAAGCUCAAGACAGAAAGAGACAGAAAGAGCAUCACCACCCUGGCCAGGCUGAGAGAGAUAAUCAUGACGAGCAGAGUCUUGGUGCUACUGAUCAAUCGCAGUCAGGCAGUCAUGGAAGUGAAUAUAUGCCCUCAACUUCCUCCGACAGUGAAGAGUGCAGCAUGGAGGAAAAAUUUUUGAAAGAUGCUCGCUGUAGAAAGAAAGCUGAACUUGAAGGUGAUGCUGUUGACUUGGAACAUGCCAUAAGUGAGGAAGAUGACCAGAAGGAAGACGACAAGUCUAAAAUAACAGUGAAGACAUGCCAGAAAGGAGCGAAAAGAAAAUGGGACAAAAGACAUUACUGCAUUUAUUGUAAAAAACCUCAGAGUAAGAUAGCACGUCACUUAGAGAGAAAGCACAAUAAAGAGGAAGAUGUUGCUAAGGCAGUAUGCUUGCCCAAAAAUUCAAAGAAACGACGAUUGUUGUUGGAUCAGCUUCGAUAUAAAGGGGACUAUACCCACAAUACAACCGUCUUGGAGUCGGGACAAGGGGAGUUAGUGACUUACAGACAACCUACGGAAGAAACCAGUCCACACGAGUACCUGCCCUGCAAUUAUUGUUAUGGAUUUUUUAGAAAGCAUGACCUCUGGAAGCAUGAGGUUUCCUGCAAAAAUCGAAUUGGCCUCCCUCUGGAAGAAUCUGGGAAAAGAAAAAGAGUUCAAGCUGCAGCUUCUUGUCUCCUGCCAGUACAAGAAAAUACAACAAAAAGAUGUCGUAAAAUCAUCAGUAGAAUGUUGCAUGAUGAGGUAUCUCUUCAAGUAAAAUCAGAUGCACUUAUUUGUGAGUAUGGGGACAGAUUGUUGGAGAAGCAUGGUAGUGAUCCAUCUAAAGAUGGUUAUGUAAGUCAGAAAAUGAGAGAGUUGGGGAGAUUUGUGAUUGCUGCAAAGAAACUAAAAGCGAAGGUGAAAAAUCUUGAGGAUAUCCUAAUUCCACCGAUGUUUAAGUUAGCUGUUGAUGCUGCUAAAAAGGCAUCUGGCUUCACUGCAUCUAAAUACCGCUAUGAUCGUCCAUCUCUUGCUCUAAAACUUGGACACUCUUUAAAAACAGUUGGUGAUAUCUUGAUUGGUCGUUACGUAAAAGCAGAAAAUGAGAUAGCUGCAAACAGAGUCAGGAGCUUCCUAGGGUUAGUGAGCUCUGAGUGGAACCACUAUGUCUCACAUCGGGCAAGGACAAACCUAGAAGAAAACAAGUGGAACAAGAAGGAAAUGAUCCCCCUCACUGAAGAUGUAAUAUUGCUUCAAAAAUACUUGAAGUCUGUGGAGCAAACUGCCCGAGAGAAGCUGAAAGACUGCUGUGAUCCCAAAGCAUACGCCAUGCUAAGUGAAAGCAUCCUCUCACAAAUUAUUCUUUUUAACCGGAGACGCCAAGGUGAGGCAGCAAAAAUGCUACUUGAGACAUAUGAAAACAAAAACACAGAGGCCCUAAAUGAUGAUGUCAUGCAGUGCCUCUCAAAAUUGGAACGUGACCUGAGUAAUGACUUUACAAGAAUCGUGAUAAGAGGGAAAAGAGGGCAAAAGGUUCCAGUGCUGCUUACCAAAGAGAUGACAAGAGCACUGGAUUUUCUCAUAGAGCACAGGAUGCAGGAGAAUGGCGUGUUGUACAACAACAAAUAUGUUUUUGCAAGAGCAAAAUCAGAUUCUCAUAUAAGAGGUUCGGACUGUCUCCGAAAAUUUGCCAAUCUUUGUGAUGCAAAACAUCCAGAAACGCUGACCUCAACUCAGCUGAGAAAGCACAUAGCAACACUUUGUCAAAUAAUGAACCUAAAGGAUCAUGAGUUGGAUCAGGUAGCGAAAUUCAUGGGACAUGAUAUUCGCGUUCAUCGUGAAUAUUAUCGCCUAACAGAAAACACUAUUCAGUUAGCAAAAAUGAGCAAACUGCUGAUGGCCAUAGAGUGUGGAACAUCUCUCUAUAAAGGAAAAUCUCUAGAUGAGAUUGACCUUGAAUUAGAGGUUGCUUUGUCCAAUAAACCUAAGCAGGGGUACACUUCAGAGGAGAUGUCUCCUAGACAAGAACAUGAUGAGUUCUCCAGAAGCCUGAAAUGUAGACGUGAGCAUGAGGAGGCGUAUGAUUCCAACCCAGAUGAAAGCCCUGACUCACACACAAAGAAGAAAGAAAAUAAAACAUCCAAGCCUGAAAGAAAUGAGUUCUCCAGAAGCCUGAAAUGUAGACGUGAGCAUGAGGAGGCGUAUGAUUCCAACCCGGAUGAAAGCCCUGACUCGCACACAAAGACCACAGAAAACAGAACGUCUAAAACUGAAAGAAAUGAGUUCUCCAGAAGCCUUAAAUUUAGACAUGAGCAUGAGGAGGCGUAUGAUUCCCACCCGGAUGGUUUGCAGUUUAAUAGACUUUCACUUUUUACACUUUUUAGUGUUUAUAUAUCAUGAGCUGUCUCCUUUAUUUUUUUUUUUUUUUUUUUCCCCCACCCAGAAGGCCCUGACUUGCACACAAAGACCAAAGAAAGCAGAACGUCUAAGACUGAAAGAAAUGGUAAGAUUUGCUACCACUAAUCACACAAGCUCAGUUUUGAAUAACUAAGGUUCCGGUUACAUUUUAGGUGAUCUUUUUAACUCCUUUUAAAGUCCCUAGGAUGCACACUUUAUCCUCAUUCUGGUUGAUCUCGACUCUUUUUAAUGUUUUAUUGACAGCUCACAUUCUUAUGUAGAUCAUUAUCUGAACUCUUCAGCAUUUUGAAUUAUUUUGUCACUCUCCAACUAAUUGAUAAUGCCAUUAAUUGACUACAAAUGUCUUUAUCAGUGAUCUCUCAAUUUUAUGGAUUAGUUUAAGGAUCCCUAUGAUUUUGACAGUGUACUACAUCAAUAUUUGAAUUAUAUGCUCAAAGCAAAAACAUGAACCCUCAUAGAAAUUGAAAUGAUUGUCUGUCAUUUUUACUACAGUCACAAUUUUCUAAAAGCUACGAAAGCUUCUGCUACUGAUGCUAAAUCUCCUACCACUGCCUCCACUGAUAUUACUGCUGCUACUACUACUAUAUUACUUCAUUCUUCAAUUUAGGUGUUGUUCAGUGCACAUGUAAAAUAAUGCUAUACACAAGGACUAUAAUAGAUUUAUACAUAGUGCUUUUAUUGUUGUUACCACUCAAGCAAAGUCAUAAUUGCUUAAUAUACAUGUUUACUAAUGACUGAUGCCAUCAUGUGCUUUUCUUUUUUUUUUGUAGGUUCUUCCAGGCAGAACGUGCAGAAAAGGCCCUGGAGUGAUGCUGAAAAAAAAGCGGUUUGGCGACAGCUUGGGACCUGCAUAACACUAUUGAAAGUUCCUGGGAAAGACAAAUGUUUGAAGUGCCUAGAGAAAGAACCAGUGCUUCAUACCAGGGGCUGGAGAGAUGUCAAAAAUCAUGUUCACAAUACAAUACAAUCAAAAAAGAAGAAACUGAUUGAUUAACUUUGUUCUUAAAAGAAGUUUUUGUGUAAACUAACCUUGAUCUAUCCUCUUUCCCUCUUAAAUUCAUUUUGAUUUUCUGACUAUUCUGCACAACAAACGAAAGGUUUUUUUUUUUUUUUUUUCUUCCUUUAGUUUUGUUACCUUGUCCAGCUGUGUACUUUAGAGCUGACUACACUGUUAGAUGUUGGGCUUGUGAACUCUUUUUGACAGGCAUUGUGUCUUUGUUAAUUUAAAUAAAACUUUUGUUAUAAAUUA